ACCAUGUGGCUGCCCCUGGCUCUGCUCCUUCUCAGCCUCUCAGGUAGUCUCUCUAUCCAAGCCCCAGAGUUUGUGAGGGCCCCAGAAAGGGGUGUGGUGGUGGUGCAGUGUCGCUAUGACCAAGGAUGGGAGACCCAUGAAAAGUGGUGGUGUCGAGGGGUGAUAUGGCAUUCGUGCAAGAUCCUCAUUCAAACCAGAGGGUCAGAGCAAGAGGUGAAGAGUGACCGUGUGUCCAUCAGGGACAGUUGGACAGACCGCACCUUCACCGUGACCAUGAAGGGGCUCAGGCAAGGUGACGCAGACACUUACUGGUGUGGGAUCAAGAAAAUUGGAACCGACCUUGGCACCCAAGUUAAAGUGAUCAUCGACCCAGUGAGAAUGGCUCCCUCUACAGCAAGCUUCUCUUCCAAACCAUUUGUCAUGCCACCUGUCAACAUAAAUACAGGGAUGUCCUCUGGCUCCAAUAAGAGGACCUACUACCUGCUCCUGGCAUUUGUGAAGGUACCCAUCUUGCUCAUCUUGGCUGGUGCUGUUCUCUGGUUGAAGGAGUCUCAGAGAGUCCCUCAGGAGCUGUAGGAACACCUAUCUGGAUGAACUUGAUCAAAGACACAGCCCCUUAGACGAAAGGAUCAGCAGAGGAGGCCUGGGCUGUGGAAGAGACACCUCUAAGGCCUCAGGAUGCAGUGACCGAGGCUAGGGCCGUGGGCACUGUCCCCCGGCCUUGGGGACUGGUGGGUACCUCUAGGCUUUGCAGAACUCAGGGACACAGCUCAGGCCCUUCUGAGCCAUCAUUGCCUCCUGCGGUGCCAGCACCUUGUUCUCUUGGUCAGGAGCUAUUGGGGUGGAAUCCUACCCACAGUGUCCUCCCUCAUGUCAUGACUUGGGCACAGAGCCUGGGACUGAAGGACAAAGAGACAGAGAAAGACUCACUCAGCCCUCCACUGUCUUCAUUCCUGACACCAGUUCAGCACUGUCUUUGCCUGAGUGCCCGAUACAUAUGUUUUUUAGAAAUCUCUUUCUCUUAAGCUUGGGUUUUGGUGACUCAUGCUCAUGAGAACCCUGACUAACGUGCCCCUCAACACAAGGAGGGCAAUUCUGUGUUGAGUUCCUGGUUCUGCGGCUCAAGAGACUGGAUGUCCCCUCUGCCCAGGGAGGACACAGCUCUGAGUCUGCAGGGCUGAAGAAUGAUGGGAGCCUCCCUGACCCCACAGCUCCCAGGAGCCACUGCUUUUCUGGGGGCUGCAGCUUGGGGGUCUCCUCAGCACAGGUGCUUGAGACUUCCCCCCAAACAACUCACUGAGGCUCAAGAAUUACCUCAAGACAGGGGAUGGCGGUAAUAAAAAC